GGCGGGGGACGGCCUAAUUGGACAAACCUGAUCCUAAUUUGUCACAGGGCACUGAGCGCUCUUGGGUACAGUCUCAUACUGUACCUUCUGCUUCCACGCUUCUGCUGCAGCAAUUCCCAGUGUGUCCUGGCUGUCCCCUCGAUGACCACUGGAAACUCCAUUGUGGACUAUAUUUUUAUGGACCUGCUCUACUUGGGAGUCACAAGUCAAAACAUUGCAGCAGAAAUGAAAAUUGCUGCUUUCAACAUCCAGAGGUUUGGACUGACUAAAGUCUCCAAUCCAGAUGUGCUCUCAGCUCUUGUGAAGAUUGUGUCUCGAUAUGACAUCAUAGUCAUUCUGGAGGUGGUGGAUGUCAGCGGUACAGCGGUGGAACUGUUUGUAAAGGAACUUAACAGAGCCAACGCAAGCCAUCACUAUGCGCAACAGCUUAGUAGCCGACUUGGCAGGAACAGAUACAAGGAACAAUUCCUGUUCCUCUAUAGGGAUGACGUGGUUGACCUGGUGGACUGCUAUCAAUAUGAAGAUAACCAAGAGUGUGACAUGGAUGCUUUCGCCAGGGAGCCCUACAUUCUGCACUUCAAACCACACAACACAGUUAAAGGAAUAGCAGGUUUAACAAGUUCAGUCAAUCAUCGUCUUCAGUGCACAUGCACAGUGCUGAAGGAUAUAGUGCUGAUCCCAGUCCGCACCACACAAUGGGACACCGAGAAAGAGCUUGAUGAGCUGUAUGAUGUCUUCCUGGCAGUCAAAGCCAAAUGGAAAACUGAUAAUGUAAUGAUCCUUGGUGACUUCAACGCCGAUGGAAAAUUUGUUACUCACAAGGGAAUGAAGGAGCUUCGUAUUCGCAGUGACAAGAACUUCCACUGGCUGAUUGGUGAUGAUGUAGACACGACUUCCAACACAGCGAAUACACACACCUACGACAGGAUUGUUGUGUAUGGAGAUGAUGUGAUGGCAGCCAUUGUGCCACAGUCAGCCAAACCAUUCAAUUUUCACAGAGAGUUUUCAAUGACAGAAGAACUGGCACAGCAAGUCAGUGACCGCUACCCUGUAGAAGUGGAGCUGAGCAGUUCCCUUCCUUUCUGGAUGACAAAUCCCAUCCAAAGGCGUGAUGUGGAACACACACUGCAUGCCACAGUAAAUAAAGCCUUGUCAGUGAAUUUACAGGCUGACCUGUCGACACUGCAGAAGGAAAACCUCCUGCUGGAGAGGGAAAAACUCCAACUUCAAAUCUCUAUAUUAAAACAUCACCUUACCACACUCAGCAGAAAACAACCACAAUCAAACAAGCUUCACAAUCCUGAGAUCUUUUCCCAUUUGCCUUGAUGUAUUAAUAAUGCAAUAUACUGUACACAUAAGUUACUUUUAUGCAACUAAAACAUGUUGUAGUUGUUGAUGGCUAGUAAGUAAAGUAUACAAGUAACACCAUUUUUUUUUUUACAAUUUAAAGCAGUUUGUAGCUCUACUUUUUGGUAUUCCACAUAUUUCAUAUUUACAUUGAACAUGAAGAAAAGCAUUGAAAACAAAUGUUUACAUUUGAACUUUGUCUGGUUUUGGCAUUUUGUGAAUUUUGAGCAACACUUUUUCAGUCAUAUUAUAAAUGAUACUGCAAGUAGUUUUUGUUAUUGGCCUUACACACACUUUUUCUGCUUCCUGAUGCAUUUGUUGCAUCAACACAGUUACCAUUUUAUUAUAAAAACUAUUAGUAAUGUGUCCUCAUGUACACCAGAGGCCAUCAACCAAUCAACCUUUAUUUAUCAUCCCCUUACAUCAGUAUAUCUGAACCAAAGUACAAGAAAAGCGGAGCAUAAAAACAAGAGAACAAUAAAAUACAAUAAAA